ACCAAAACAACAGUUUUUGAAUAAAAUAAAAAUGACAUCACUUUGAGUUGAUUCAUCCAUCCUGUCGUGAAAAAGCUUUGCUAUCUAUCAUGAUGGAUAUGGCUUCCGUCUCUCUCACAUUUUCUUCUUCUUCCAUCGUUCCUUCUCCAAUUCCCCAACAUAACAAAACCACCCACAACAACCCCAGAAAACCCCAUCUUCCAAUUUUCUACGCAGUUUCAUCUUCACCAUCAAAAACUGCUUCUGCUUCUAAUUCCUCUGUUGUCAAAAAGAAACACUGGAAACAAGGUGAGUUUCCUGGGGUUUCUGAAACAUCGUUACCUUCUAGUACGAGGAGGAAACCCAUUAAAAAUGUCAAGAAAAAAUUGGACAGAAAGAACAAUGCUAAAGCCUGGGCUAACACUGUUACUGAAGCCUUGUCUGAAUGCAUUGACAAAAAACAGUGGCUUCAAGCCCUUGAGACACUUGACAUGCUAAGAGAACAAUCCUUUUACCAACCCAGAGAAGGGACUUACAUGAAACUAAUUGUGCUACUUGGAAAAUCCGGUCAACCCCAACGUGCCCAUCAGCUUUUUACCGCAAUGAUUGAAGAGGGUUGUGACCCUACUCCUGAACUAUACACCGCGUUGCUCGCUGCAUAUUGCAGGAGCAACAUGAUUGAUGAGGCGCUAUCGAUUCUCGAUGAGAUGAAGAACCAUCCUCUUUGUCAGCCUGAUGUUUUCACUUACAGUACGUUGAUAAAAGCCUGUGUGGACAUUUUCAAAUUUGAAUUGAUCGAGUUGCUGUAUGAAGAAAUGGCUCAAAGGUCCAUCAUGCCUAACACUGUUACACAAAACAUUGUUUUGAAUGGUUAUGGUAAGGCAGGGAUGUUUGAUCAGAUGGAGAAAGUUCUGUCAGGUAUGCUGCAGAGCGCUGAUUGCAAGCCUGAUGUCUGGACCAUGAACACAAUCAUUGGUGUCUUUGGUAAUAUGGGUCAGAUUGAUAUGAUGGAGAAAUGGUAUGAAAAGUUCCGUAAUUUUGGGAUAGAACCAGAAACACGCACUUUCAAUAUCUUGAUUGGCUCCUAUGGAAAGAAAAGAAUGUAUGACAAGAUGUCAUCUGUUAUGGAGUAUAUGCGGAAGUUGCAAUUUCCAUGGACAACCUCUACUUAUAACAAUGUGAUUGAGGCAUUUGCAGAGGCAGGUGAUGCUAAAAACAUGGAGUAUACAUUUAAUCAGAUGCGUUCUGAGGGUAUGAGAGCAGAUACCAAAACAUUCUGCUGCCUUAUCAAAGGUUUUGCAAAUGCAGGCCUCUUUCAUAAAGUGAUUAGCAGUGUUCAAUUGGCUGCAAAGCUUGAAAUACCUCUGAACACUGCCUUUUAUAAUGCAGUCUUAUCUGCAUGUGCAAAGGCGGAAGAUUUAAUGGAAAUGGACAGAGUUUUCAUGCGUAUGAAAGAUACCCAAUGUCCACUGGAUGACACAACAUACUCAAUCAUGGUCGAGGCAUAUAGAAAGAGGGUAUGAAUGACAAGAUAUAUUAUUUGGAGCAGGAAAAGCAGACGAUGAUAACUGACAAUAAGAUAGAGAACCAGCCUGUGGAUUAAAUCUUAAGUUGAUUUGUGGUUUAUAGUCCAGACUGCCAAUACAUCUGUAUUCUUCAACUCAUCCAUUUGUCUUGAGCAGCUGUUUAAUUUUCUUUUGGAGUGGACGGGUGAUUAGUUGCUGAGUUGCAUUCCAGCUUCAUUUUGCAUGAUGAAUGACAUCAACUCCUGCCUAACUUCUGCAUGUUGUUGUAAAGUUAAACAUCUGCAUUUUUCAGUGUGAACACGAGCUCAAAUUUGACACAAGGCACAAGUGAAGUAAAUUCAGGGCUGAUGACUGAAUUUACUCGUGUCUUGUGUCAAAUUGGAGGUCAUGUUUACAUUUACCCCAUCUCUUCUUGUCCGAAGGAAGCUAUUUGGCAGGUUAAAAGUAUCGUUAGGGCUCCAUUCGGUAAUUUACGUAGUUGUGAGAUUUCUGGAUGAUGGUAUUAUAGCCAAGGAAGCCGAACCACUUCAAAAUAAAAGCUAUCCACAUACUGCACAUUUACCAUGUCGGAUGCACCACAGCACAUACACUUCGGAUAUUCCCAGUUGUAUUUUACAUUUUUUUUUCACUUUAUUCUAGGUAUGAUAAUUAGGUACAAUAUGAUAAUUUAUUAAGUUUGCAAUGAUUCAUAUUCACUCUUAAAAUCUGAAGUGUAUUGACUAUUGACUGAACAUGUAUUAAUUUAUUUAUAUGUUUAUCUUCA